AUCAGGGGUUCCAGACGCAGACACAGUCACAGUGAGAACACAACAAAGAGAGGUGAGAAGCUUCCAGCCUCCUCUCCCUGCUUCAGCCACCACCGCGCAGGCGCACACCAGCCAGGGAGCCACAGCCUUCUUCCCCUUUCUUCCUCACCAGCCUGCCAUCCUCAACCACCAAUCCACCAAGAUUCACGGCUCUCCUGGCACCGGUCACUACCACAGACCACCGUUCAUCGCGGAGGCGCCUAUUACGCCGUCGUCUUUGAUCAUCGCUGCCGCUGGACACCAGCUCGUCGUCGUUCAAACCACCAGGCAGCAACAGAGCAGCCUUUUAGCAGAAAAAAUAAAGAUUGAUAACUGCCUGAGAAAAGAUUGGUCAAAUGAAAUAAUAUGGCGUACUCAAAGUUGUUUCUGCGUAUAGAUCCUAAGGGGAGAGAGAAUUUGAGAAUGAGAAAGAAUGAUGAACGGUUGCUCCAUGAAGACUUGCCUCCACCAUGGUUCAUUCACGUAGAUUUUUUGCCAACACACCGAGAUGGAAGACAGCAACCUCAUGUCCAAGGGCAGCUUAGAUGAAAUAGACAAAGUCAUAGAUGUUGGCAGCAGAUGGUAACCAACGGUGAAGUUGUGCCCCCUUUUCAUCCCUUUUCUGUGCUCCUAUUCUCUUCUUCCACUGUUUUGUCAGGUACUUUAAUUCACUUCUGAAAUUUCCAUCUAUCACCAGCACACUGUAAGACAUUGGGGAAUUCGAGCUUUCACCAUAUUUGGUGACUUUCCAAUGCCAUUAUUUAAAGCACAUGCUGACAGAUGAGGCCAAUUCCUAAUAUCCUAUAGCUAUAGGAAAGGGAAAAAAAAAGCAUCCGGAAGAAGGAUAUAAUGACACAUCAAAAAGAGAAGCUUUUAUCUAAGGAUAGAAAUGGAUAAGACAAAGAACAUGAACAGUAACCUUGCCACUCUCCUAAAUGUAUCAUGUAUAAAUUGGUUGGCCAAAACACAGCUCUAGAAUUCAAUAUCGCUACCUUCUCAUAUGCAUGGUUUGUGCCUUUAUCAUAUAUUCACCUCACACAUGCAAUUGCCAAGCCCAUGAUACCCUCCAAGCUUAUUCACAAUGCUUCUCGUCAUCUUCAAUAUGCCUCAUUCAACCAAUCACCUCCUUCCAUUUUCUUCAGAUUCUCCUCAUUGUUGCAUCAAUUCUCUAACACCCUUUUCCAUGUUAAGUCCAUCCACGCUCAGAUCAUUAUCAAUGGUGUGUACAAUGAAAGCUUUCUAGUUGUAAAACUUAUCAAGGCAUACUCUGGUUUGGGUUUCUUUGGCAUUGCCCGCAAGGUGUUCGAUCAAUGUUCUCACCCAGAAACCUUUCUUUGUAAUGCCAUGAUGGCUGGGUAUUUAAGAAACCAACAGUGUAAGGAGGUUCCUAUUUUGUUUAAAAUGAUGGGGUCUUGUCAUAUAGAUAUCAACAGUUAUACUUGUAUGUUUGCUCUCAAGGCCUGCACCAGUUUGUUGGAUUUUCAGAUGGGGAUGGAAGUUGUUAGGGAUGCUGUUGCAGAGGGAUUACAUUUGCAUCCAAAUGUGGGGAGUUCGGUUAUAAAUUUCUGGGUGAAGUUUGGGAAACUUGGUGAUGCUAGAGCAGUCUUUGAUGAGAUGCCCGAAAGAGAUGUUGUUUGUUGGAACUCAAUGAUCGGGGGUUAUGUGCAGUGGCAGUGCUUUACCGAGGCGAUUCGGAUGUUCCUUGAGAUGAUUAAUUGCGGAAUAAGGCCGAGUCGUGUGACAAUGGCAAGCUUACUCAAGGUGUGUGGAGAAAGUGGACUAAGAAAAUUUGGAAGAUGUCUUCACAGUUGUGUCCUUGUGUGUGGCAUGGGCAACGAUGUGUUUGUGCUGACUUCUUUAGUUGACAUGUAUAGUAAGAUAGGUGAAACUAAUAGUGCUUCGUUGGUUUUCAAUAGUAUGUGCAGUAGAACUUUGGUUUCAUGGAAUGCUAUGAUUUCAGGAUAUGUUCAAAAUGGUAUGGUACAUGAAUCUUUUGCUCUUUUUAGCAGACUAGUUCAAAUUGGUGCUGGGUUUGAUUCAGGAACCUUAGUGAGCCUUAUUCAGGGAUGUUGUCUUACAUCUAACCUGAGAAGUGGAAAAUCCAUCCAUUCAUAUAUCAUUAGAAAAGGAUUUGAACCGAAUCUAGUUUUGUCCACUGCAAUUGUUGACAUGUAUUGUAAAUGUGGUGCCACAAAGCAGGCAAUUACUGUUUUCAGAAGAAUGGAUACAAGGAAUGUAAUUACUUGGACUGCUUUGCUGGUAGGUUUAUCCCAAAAUGGCUAUGCAGAGGAUGCGCUGAAAUUGUUUUGUCAGAUGCAAGAAGAAAAUGUGGCUGCCAAUUCUGUGACUCUUGUUAGUCUAGUACAUUGUUGCACUCACCUAGGAUCUCUCAAGAAAGGUAGGAGCAUCCAUGCUCAUUUUAUCCGACAUGGUUACACCCCUGAUGCAAUUAUUAUAUCAGCUUUGAUAGAUAUGUAUGCCAAGUGUGGAAAAAUCCACUCAGCUAAGAAAUUAUUCAACAACGGAUUCCCUUUUAAAGAUAGUAUAUUGUGCAACUCAAUGAUUAUGGGUUAUGGAAUGCAUGGCUAUGGACAUCAAGCUCUUGGUGUCUUUGGCAGAAUGAUAGAGGAGGGAGUCAAACCAAAUCAAACUACAUUUAUUUCACUCCUAACGGCUUGCAGUCACUCAGGCCUUGUUGAAGAAGGUAAAACUUUGUUCCACAGUAUGGAAAGAGAUCAUGGCAUCAAGCCUAGUGACAAACACUAUGCUUGCCUCGUUGAUCUUCUUAGUCGAGCAGGCCAUCUCGAGGAAGCAGACACAUUGGUGAAACAAAUGCCUUUCGAACCAAGCACUGAUGUGCUUGAAGCUUUGCUCAGUGGUUGCAGAACUCAUAAGAAUAUCAAUAUGGGGAUACAAAUGGCAGAUAGAUUACUUUCUUUAAAUGAUUUAAACUCUGGAAUUUAUGUCAUGUUAUCAAACAUAUAUGCCGAAGCAAGACGAUGGGACGCAGUGAAUCACAUAAGAGGCCUCAUGAGGACAAGGGGACUGAAGAAAACACCUGCUUAUAGUUUGAUUGAAGUAGGAAAUGAACUUCACACAUUUUUUGCUGGUGAUGAUUCACAUCCUAAGUGGGAAGAUAUUCAUCAAUUGUUGGAAAACUUGAGGAUUGAGGUGGAGGCUUGUGGCUAUGUUCCUGAUACUAGUUGUGUGCUUCGUGAUGUGAAUGAGGAAAUGAAGGUUAAGUUGCUUUGGGGGCAUAGUGAGAGAUUAGCUAUUGCAUUUGGUCUUUUGAGCACACCAUAUGGAAGCUUGAUUAGGAUCACAAAAAACCUUCGUGUCUGUGUUGAUUGUCAUAAUGUUACCAAAUACAUAUCAAGAAUAGUUAAGAGGGAAAUUAUUGUAAGGGAUGCUAAUCGUUUCCAUCACUUUGUUAAUGGUCAAUGCUCCUGUAAUGAUUACUGGUGAUGAGGACAUGCUGAGAAUUAAGUUAUUUUUUAAAAGAACAUCUUAUUUGAUGUCCAAAACUCAUUCCAUCAACCUUAGAUUUUAGCACCAUUUCCACUCUCCAUUCCAAUACUCAAACCUUUCUCCUUUCUUUUCUUUUCUCCUUUCUCCCUCUCGUUUGGCUUGUGUUGUGUGCCAAUUGAAUACUAACUUUUACAUGCUCAAAUGACAUUAUUCAAUUAGUAUUUGGUUGGGUUGUUUGAAGGUGGGGAGGACUGAUCUGAUUUGGACAUUGUAUGAGCAUAUUUUGGAAUCUGGUGUUGUGGCUGACAUUAAUUAAUGUUGAGACUGUUGGAUAGCUGGUACAGGUAUUAUGCAAGACAAGGUUUCGAAGGGAUACGAACUUCUUAGGCAGGUUCUAGGGAAUGGCAUGAGUCCUGAUGGACUCUUGAAAGAACAAUUCUGAGGUAUUUCAGGUUUUCAUUGAUGUCAAGGAUAGAGGGUAUUUCCCAGAUAGAGUCAUGUACAAAAUAGUAAUCAAAGGCUUCUGCAAGAAGCAACAUCUUGGUGAAGGAAGGAAGUUGUGGUUUUGAGAUGAUUCAGAAAGGGUUACUACCUAAUGAGUAUACCGAUAAUGUAUUGUUACAUGGGUAUUGUAAGGCCUGUGAUCUUGUUGAGGCAAAGAAGCUCUUUAACGAUAUGCAUUCUAGAGGUGCACUCGUCCUAGCCAGCACAAAUGGCUCUGGUUGCUCACCAUCGACGACCCAAUAUGACUAACUAGCCUAUAAUCUAGUUUGUCUACCCCUAUCAUAAAAUAUGUGUCCAUGUCUAAUAAUAAGUCAUUGAAAUAUUACUACAUCCUUCAAACAAAAGAAGUCUAAGGAAUGGAUGAAAAACAAAUAAUAGUUACCAUUUUGCCUUGCUUAAACCACUCAUCACUUGGACUUGGCUCAUCUGAAUAUUUUCCUGUCAAAAACAAGAGACCACAAACACUCACCAAUAAACUUCUCAAAUAGUUUCGUUGCAUAAAACCCACGUGCAUGUGUUUGUUUUUCCAUACCAACUUAAGUGCUAAUGUCCGACCAAUGGUUCCUGUCCCACGGCAUAUAUCAAAGAACAGUGUAUCAAGGCC